UGUGAACAUGAACAUCGUCAAGGGACGAAAGACUACACAGAUCCGAUCAUGAACGGAAGAAAUUCUUCUCAAGGAGCCUCUGCUGAUGCCGAGCCGAAGCAUGUGUCGACUGCUCGAUGGACUCCCGCCAAUGGUAUUGAAGCGGUCACAACCGCCACGCCCGCAAGCGCAAGCCCAGAUGAGCCAAAAUCACCACCUGCCAAGAGAAGGAGAGAAGAGCGGGAGAGGAGCAGAGUCAGUAGGGCUUGCGACCGAUGAAAAAAGUAAGAUGUACUGGAAGAUGUCCUUGUGCGCUCUGUCUGAGAUCAGGGCUGCCGUGUGAGUUUACUGCAUCGUAUACGCGAGGUCGACUUCCCUCUGUUAUUGUCGACGAUUCCGCGGUAGCUACGGAUCCCUUACUACAAGGACGAAAAGAAAGCUUAACAUCAGAACCACCUGUGAAAGAUACGUAUGCAGCAUCGGCAAUGCAAUACCCACGUAUAUACCCAAGCCCAUCAACUCCGAUCGAUCCACCGUCUUACUCAAAUUCCGACAAUCCAAAUCCAAAUCCAGAUACUCUCAACAUGGCUACCAAUGCCAACAGUCGCCCUUCCUCUCGAGACUCUCCUGUGCCACAAGGAGCUCAAAGAGACCAAGAAGGUCACUACGUUGGAUCUUCGAGCGCAGCUUCCUUCCUUAUUCGUAUUCAGAAGCGUUUGCAUCAGAAUUCUUCCCUCUCACAUGACUCUACCAUCUUUACUUUCGGAGACGCUCCGCUCCCAGAGUUUGAUCUUUCCAUAUUCGUCCCACCACCGAAGCCUGAUGCGCAGAGGCUCGUAGAACGAUAUUUCGAAUACGCGGCACCCACUCAUCGCUUCCUACAUCGACCGACGAUCGAACAGCUUGUAGAGGAGUUUUAUGAGACCCAAGGUGAAAUGAGGAGUAAGGAAGACGGCAAAGCGAAGGCAGCGUUGUUGAUGGUGGUAUUCGCGCAAGCACAGGCAUAUAUGCCGCCUGGCAGUUCAGUGCAAACUAGCAGCGCUCGAUUUUUCCGCGCGGCUGAAAACCUGCUCUCUGGAGAACGUGGCGCUGUAAGACUAGCGAGUGUCCAGGCACGAUUGUUACAGUGCUUCUACCUUCUGACACAGUCCCGCAUCAACCACUGUUGGAGCCUCUUUGGCACGCUGUCACAUCUCGCCCUUGCCAUAGGGUUGAAUCGUGGUAGGAAAUGCGAUCCCUCAACCAAGGUGGACUAUGUGGAAAUUGAGAGUCGAAGACGCUUGUUCUGGGUUGCAUACUCACUUGAUAAGUACCUUGCUGCUGCUCUUGGUCGGCCACGAACCUUCAAAGACGAGGAUAUCGAUCAGGAGCUCCCAACGAUUGUCAAUGACAAUGACCUCCAUCCGAAUUAUAUCAAUCUCCCAACGCGAUCUACUUAUUCGUUGAUGACAGCCCCAGUUGAGCACAUUAAACUUACACGCAUCGUCUCUCUCGUGCUACGAGAUUUGUAUUCGAUUCGUCCACCCAGUCUGGCCUUGCGCGUUGAGCUAUCGGCGAAGUACACUUCGGAGUUGCACGCGUGGCACAACUCGCUGGUCGGAUUCCUCUCUGGCUCCGCCUCAAAUGCACAUAUCGACAACCAGCUGCUCAUACCAGUCUACCAACGUCAGCGUUCCGUUCUCAAUCUGGCGUACCACCACGCGCUUUUACUUAUUCACCGACCUUUCUUACUGAGGGAUUUCGCGAGUUUGACGCAUAUGCCAACCCAUCCAAACUGGAGUGCCACAAACUACGACGCAUCAGCCAACAUCACUGCCUGUCUCGAAGCUGCCAUGUCCCUGGUACGUUUCGUAGACGAUGUAUUUAUGUCGUCCAAUCUCUUCCGCUCUUUCUGGUUUACCCAGUACUAUGCAUUCUGUGCAGUGGUAGUGCUAUACAUCCAUCGCAUUCAACAGGGCUUGGGUGUGAAGACUAAAGUAGAGUGCGAAGGCUUUUUUGAGGCAGGUGUAAAGUGUCAAAGACAAUUGGAGACAGUCAGCGACACUGACUGCCUUGCGCACCGUUACUGUGUUGUCCUGGAAGAACUUAGGACUGAGGCGGUACGGCAAUCAGGGAGGCUAUCGACGCCCGCAGCAUCGGUUGAUACGCCUACACGCGACAACCCCAGCUUCCACGAUAACCCGAUUCUUCCACUGCCCUUGUCUGCACCAACUCCCGAUGCUGUACCACCGUCGUCAAAUCUGUCAAAUCUGCUUUACAACACUACUGGCAAUAACAAUAUCCCACCGACACCAAACGGUGCAGAAGCAUUUGGUACGACUAACGCAACCUUCACAUUUGACCUACUCGAUUGGACAGAUUUUGCUAGUUGGGGACAAUUCGAGGGCCUUGUGACAGCCGGUAAUGGCUCGUUUGACCCUGCAGGUGUAUCACAGAACGAGAACGACUUUUGGUUUGGCUCGUGAGGAAAUGUUGCGCGAGCGUAAGACAGAGAAUUGUAUCUUACAAUCUGUACGCACAAGUAGGGCCUACUCUGAAGAACACAUCUUAGUUGAGCUGAAGAGUCUCAAGCAGGAAACCUGGCGGGUACCCUUAGAGUAGGUUUUAAUGCAUAGGGAUAUAAACUAAAAGUUCAAGUCUAAGUGUAUUGACUUCAUCGCAAACUAAACGUCGGAACGCCGGUAGGGGUAUCUCGAAAGGAAAACAGUCUCAAAUCGUUCCAUCAUUCUCCAUUUAUCAUAACCAUCUCUUGUCGUUUAACGCUCACAUUCUCAACAACCUCCGCCACCUUGGCCUAGAAGGCUGCUCUGGCUGCUGCACUGCCGCCUCUGCUGUUACUGCAGCAUCA